CGCCGCCAUUUGUCAUUUUUUUGGCAUGCGCGUUCGAAGAAGCUACGAAUAUUGUGCUCGUGAGUGUUUUCAAUAAAAAGUGAAUUCUAAACUUUGUUUGUGAAUCGUGGAAACUUGUGUUUCUCUGUGAAAUACCAGUGCUUAUAUUUAAUAACAGUGUUUGUGUGUUUGUAACGUUCAACAUGAAUAAAACUUGCGCAAGGUGUGAGAAAACAGUUUAUCCCACGGAGGAACUGAAAUGUUUGGACAAGGUGUGGCACAAGGGAUGUUUCAAAUGCCAGGAGUGCGGCAUGACGCUGAACAUGCGGACGUACAAGGGCUACGGGAAACUGCCGUACUGCGAAGCACAUGUGCCAAAAGCGAAACACACCACAAUGGCGGAGACGCCCGAACUGAAGAGGAUAGCGGAAAACACGAAAAUACAGAGUAAUGUCAAGUACCACGCCGAUUUUGAAAAGAGCAAGGGAAAAUUCACACAGGUUGCCGACGAUCCAGAAACGUUAAGGAUCAAAGCGAACACGAAAAUAAUCAGCAAUGUAGCGUAUCACGGCGAACUGGAGAAGAAGGCGCAAAUGGAGAAGCAACGGCAGAUAAACGAGAACGGCGAACUUGUCGAUGUCGCAACCGACAACUACCAUCAGCAACUCGAAAACUACGCUACCGAGAUGCUCCCACCACCAGCACCGCCGGUGGCGCCCCCCAACUUACCCCAGAAGAACCACUAUCAAACGCCCCAACAGUACCCCGCGCCCCAACAGUACCCCCCGCCCCAGCAGUACCAGCCGCGUCAGUACGAUCAAUACAAGCACACAGAGUACAAGAACAACACGGAGGCCUACAAAACCAACGCUGAACAGUACCAAGAGCAAUACUAUAAGCAGAAAUACGAUGACUACCAGAAUCAGUAUCAGUACAAUCAGUACCAGCAGAACUACGCGGUUGGUAAUCAAAAAAUUGGCAGGAUCCAAGACUACGAUCCAGUUAGUGAUGGGCCGAGGGCGCCACCGAACACGCAGAGGGCGUCAGCGACCCUCAUCUAUAAUAGCACUAGUGAUGGGAAACAGAGAGGGUCUCACCAGCCACAGCAACAGGCCAGCCGCCAAAUCGGCCGAGUGACUGACAUGGACCCUCUCGCCGAGCAGCAGAAGCCAGCUCCCACCCACCAGAACCAGAAUCAGGUAGAAUACACAGUAUCUUCAAUAGAUAAAGAUGGAAUGGUGCACCCACUUGUAUCAUUCCGGGAAGGUGAUUACAUAUCGAACGUGACCUCCAUCGACGAGGGCUGGAUGACGGGCCAGGUCCUUCGCACCGGACACACCGGCAUGCUGCCCGCCAACUACGUGGAGCGGCUCUCGCAGCCGAUCCAGUACUAAUCACACUUCUAAUUUGAAAUUGUAAUUAAAAAAUAAUUAAAUAUUUAAAUAAACUGGGUAGAAGUGACAUAUGAAUCGAGAAUACCUCUAAAAUGUAUCACUCGUCCCUUCACACCGAGCAUAGGUCAUAGGGUUGUCACAAAUUUAUUCGGAAUUGUACGAUAUAUUAACGAAAUAUCGAGAUGCAAGCUGAUUUAGAUCUUAAAAUCAUCUCACCAACGUUGCUAUUUAUUACAACGUUGUUAUAUUUAUUUAUUAUUGGAUUCACAGGAGUGUCACUUCUACUUAGAUAUUUAGUCUUGUUAAGGACGGGUAAUAUAUAGCAAUACCUAUAUACUGUAGUUACAGUAUCUAUAUAUCAGUUUGAUAAAGGAUAUCUUGAAUAUCAACUGUCUAAUAUAUAAUAUCGAAGUGUCUGGAAAUGAAUGUACAUACCCGACCAGUAUGGGCGAUAUCGAAAUAGGUAUUGACCUUUAUACCCAAUAUAUAGAUAUUGGAACGGUACUGAUAUUACCCAUGCCUAUAACUUAUGCUAUAACUACACGACAUACAUAUAAAAUUAACAUUAGAUUCACAUUCCGAUACAAAACUACUCGUGUGAAGGUGUCGCCCUCUAGUGUUGAGUUUUUAAGCCGCCUUCGUUGUACGCGAAGGCCUCGGAUGCGACUUUAUCACAACAAAAUUUUUAAAUAAACCAAAUGUAAAUUUGUAAAGACUGGGAAUCGAUUAUUAUAUAUUUGAAUGCGCUCUGCUGUCGUCGAAAUUUUAGCCUCUAAUUGUGUAUCUUGAGUUUUUUUGUAUAUCAAUGCUACACGAUAUAAAUAGAUAGAUAGGUACUUUUUAUUGUUUCCUUCGAAAAACCUAUGAUAAUUUCAAAUUAUAUAUACAUAUAUAUAGCUUAUAUCACUAUUUCAGUUUGAAGGGUGGGACAUGGGCAGUGAAUUUACAGGGUUCAGAGGAAUAACACCUGAGUCCUCAGGAAUGGCAACGCAUGGGGGGUAUCAUGGGCGAAACAGUAUACGCUGUUAUGUCCAUGGUACUGCUUAUGUCUAUAGGCGACGGUUACCACUUCCCAUCAGGUGGACCUUUAGCUUGUUUGCCGUUCUAAGUUGUAUAAAAAAAACUAACAUAGACUAGACCAUGUCCCACUAGAUGGAGUGUGUCAAUAAAAACGCUUUGCCAAAAUCAAGUAAUUUUUUUAUUUAUGUGUACGUAGAUACAAGAAUAUAUAGUUAUUACUCUGUAAACUAUUUUGAAAAAUAACUAUGUGUAAUUGAAAGAUUCUUUAUAAAUUCCUUUUAUUUAUAACUGACAAGUCUUGAUAUGUGUAUUUGUUGCAAGUGACCGUCAUUUUUAUUAAUAUAUGUAUAUUAAUUUGUUUUACAAUAUGUACAUGAGUAUAUUAUAUACCUAAGAAAAAAUCAUCAAAUCAUAUUAAUAUCUGUUUUAAAUACAAUUUAGUUUUUUAAACAAUUACAAUCAAGGAAAAAAUCAUGGAAACGAUAAAAGAACACUUAUUUGUGUUAAAAAAGUUACGCGUCACCCAAUUGUUAUACUUUUUUUUUGGCGCGUUUUUGACGUCGUUUGCUCCAUCUAGAUCUUUAUAAUCUAUAUUCUAAUACGUUUCUACAUAUUGUAAUCACUACACAGAGUGCGCAAUACUCAAAUUACCAUAAUUCUGUGACAACUACACGACAACGACAAGUUAUAUUUUGUAACUAAACACCUAUUGCUACCAAUCCUACGAAAUAGACUUUGAAAAAAAAAAAUAUAAGUAUGUCUAGUAUCAAUCAUCUGUACACAUAGUUCAAGUAUUGUUUAGUUUGCGACUAGAUGGCGUUCUAAUGUAUUUUUUUUUUAUUCAUACUCACUUAUUGUAUUUUCUCUAUAACAUAUUAAAGGAUUUACGCUAUAAAUUGUAAGUUACGUAUUAAAAUUUACCUAAUAAUAAAAUUCUAUAAAUAAAUGAAAGGAUUCGUUAAAUUUAAAAUUGGGGUACGCCGAACGGAAAAUUGGGGUUCGCCUAACGGAGAAGUAGGGUUCCAUUUGUGUAAAUUAAGCUACAGGUGUAUCAUUAUCGGAUUACAAUCGUCACUAAAGUUAACAGUGAAAAUAGAAUUAUUUCAAGCUUAAAUUAUGAUAAGACACGAAUUAACUUCUAUGUUCAGGUUAUAAGGCUGCGUUUAGACUGUCGAAAAAUGUUUGAACUGACUUGCAAUGUAUUUGUGUAGAUUUUUAUAUGUCAAUUUACCUAAAUGAUUAAAUUGUUGGAGAAAUUUAGUAAUGGUAGAAAAUGAUAUGGCAACCCCGCCUGCGCUAUCGGCGGGGUUACCAUUCCAUUGUCAUUCAUUAAAAAAAAUAUAAAGUAUUUAGAUAUAUUAAUUGACAUAGCAAUAUGUGUAUAUGCCACAGAGUUCUGGUUUUGGAAUAUUGUGGUUAAUUGAAGGAUUUAAUACCAGUGACUUACUGAAAACAGGCGAAUAAAAUUUUUAUUAGAAAUAAUUGUGAUAAAACGAAAUUGGUUUAACGACUUUGUAAUGCUUCGGAUAGCAUCGUAUUUGGACAAUAAAAUAAAAAUUUUGUGACAUCUUUUUACAUAAUUAUUGGAUAUUAUGUAUUUUAUGACUGAAUAAAACUGUGUUCAGUUGCCUUCGUAUUGGUUACGCUGUAAAAAUAUGUGUAAAUAAUUCCUAAAUAGUAUAGUGGCUUUUGCGGUAAAAAGCAAUAAAAAUUAAAAAAAAAAAUGCAAAAGCGUGCUUCUUAUAUGCGAAGUCGUGUGGUCCAAAUUAUUAUUCGUGCAUUUAAUUGCAUUCCACAUUUUAUAAUCUAUUUAUUUCUCUAUAAAGUCGAAUAUUCCUCUGUCUACUACUUAAUGUUGCCAGUUUUCGAGCAAUUUCCAUUGUAUAACAUUCUUUUUUAUUUAAAAUUAGAUUUUAACAAUGAAAAAUCCAACUUGCUACACGUUGGUACCUGCAAGAAGCCUGCUACAAGGCCGUCAUUUAUGUACAUAAUAUUUAGUAUAAGUUAUAAUUUAAUUUUAAUAUAAAUUAUACAUUACAUAUAUUGAAUUGCAUAAUUAAACAUUUUAACCACAAUAUAAGGCUUAUAUUUUAUACAUUUUUUUUUUCAUAAGGGGUUCUUGCUUUCUUUUAUAUAGGCAUAUAUAAACAAGAUCCAUGGCACGAUGGGCAUACCCACAACCCUUAUAGACUUAAAGUCACUCUUUCACACCAUUGAGGUCGAUAGGCUGAUUAUGUUACAUCCAAUGCCUUUAUAACUUUCAUGAGCGAACUAAUAUUUUACAGAUCUGUUUAUUUACUAGUAUUCGCCUCACAGUUUUGCCCAUGUGGAGCUAUACACUGUAAUCUUGGUCAGGGCGUUAUAUAUUUUGUACAUCCUUAUUUUUACGAAUGCAGUGUAUUGAUCAUGAAUGACUUAAUAUGACUCACACUUGGCAGAUUUUCGGGUGGUUGUGUAACCUUAAGGGCUGGAUCUACACUCGCAUAUCAUAUCUAUUAUCAUAUAAUGUAUUAUGCAUAUAUGAUCCUAUAUUUUACAGUAAGAACACCCGUGCCUACGUAUUUUAAAACAUUCCGUUGUUAACUUUUAAAAUAUACACGAGCAAUUUUUAUCCAAUUUAUUUUUAAGACAUAUUUACUUAUUUUGUUAGUAUAUUUAAGAACUUAGAUUUAAUUUAGUUAUUUUAUUUAUUUUUUUCAUAAUAUUAAUGCUACGCGACAACCCUACUUUAGUAGUCGUUAGUUUGAACAUUUUGCAUGUUUUAAUGUUCUACGGUAGAAUGUGGUAGUUUUUAUUUGGCAACAUAUUUUGAAAAUUUAUAAUUGGCAAUAUGGAUAUAUAAAUUUGUUAUAUUACAUAAUUAUACAUGAAAAUACCAUAGAAUUACAUGCGAAAUUUUUUUUUUUAAUUUAAUAUAACUUGUUUUAAUUUGUCAUCACAAUGUCUGUUAAUUUAUGUAACAGUAUUAUGUGGAAAUGUUACAGUGCCUUGAAAUACAUACUAUAUUUAUAUAAGCUAUAUAUAAUCG